GUUCUGCAAUGGGUGACACCGCUGCUGAGGAAAUCCAAAAACUAAACAUUGACUCAAAGGCAGGGUUUUAUACAUUAUAUUUAGUUUGAAAAAGUAUUUUAGUACGUUAUGUAAGAAAUGUUAAAGUUUAUCGGCAUCCGUGGAGGCUGUGUGGUCCGCUGCAAGGACUACGCAUAUGCCACAUGGUCAAAGGCAAAAGCCAUGAAGGAAAAGAAGAAAAAAGCAGAGGAAGGUUCCGGAGGGGCAGCGGAACUGAACCCAUGGCCAGAGUACAUACAGAAACGUAUCACUCUUUGGGAUAAGUACAAAAUUCAGUAUGAAGAAGAGUUGGCUAAUAAACCUGAUGUAAGCAUUGUUGUGACACUACCGGACGGCAAAACUGUAGAAGCCAAAGCCUGGAAAACUAGUCCAUACGAUGUUGCUAAAGGAAUCAGCCAGGGCCUCGCCGACUCCACCAUCAUCGCACGAGUGAACAACGAGCUCUGGGACCUGGACAGACCUCUGGAAGGUGACUGCAAGCUGGAACUCCUGAGGUGGGACAACACAGAUGCUCAAGCGGUGUUCUGGCAUUCGUCAGCUCAUAUGCUGGGGGAAGCUAUGGAGAGGGUAUACGGAGGCUGCCUCUGCUACGGACCUCCCAUUGAAGAGGGCUUCUACUACGACAUGUAUUAUCCUGAGAAAGGAAUAUCCUCAACGGACUUCCACGUUCUAGAAGGAUUAGUUAAGAAAAUAGCGAAAGAGAAGCAGCCAUUUGAACGCCUUGAACUGACGAAGGAACAGCUGCUAGAAAUGUUUGAUUACAAUCCGUUCAAAGUGCGCAUUCUCAACGAGAAAGUGAAUACGCCCAAAACCACGGUGUAUCGGUGUGGACCUCUUAUUGAUCUGUGUAGGGGACCCCAUGUUAGGCAUACGGGGAAGGUCAAGGCGCUGAAGGUUACUAAGAACUCGGCCACAUACUGGGAGGGUAAGGCAGACGCGGAGAGUCUGCAGCGAGUGUACGGCGUGUCGUUCCCGGAGCCCAAGCAGCUCAAGGAGUGGGAGCACAUACAGGAGGAGGCCGCCAAGAGGGACCACAGGAAGAUUGGCAAGGAACAAGAGUUAUUCUUUUUCCACGAGCUGUCGCCUGGAUCGUGUUUCUUCCAGCCGCGUGGCGCGCAUAUCUACAAUACGCUUGUCAACUUUAUUAGGGAACAAUAUAGACUCCGUGGUUUCCAAGAAGUGGUGACCCCGAACAUGUACAACUCGAAGCUGUGGCAGACGUCGGGCCACUGGGCGCACUACGCAGAGAACAUGUUCUCGUUCGACGUGGAGAAGGAAACCUUCGCUCUCAAACCCAUGAACUGCCCUGGACAUUGUUUAAUAUUCGACAACCGCAUCCGUUCGUGGCGCGAGCUGCCGCUGCGCCUGGCAGACUUCGGCGUGCUGCACCGCAACGAGCUGUCGGGCGCGCUCACCGGACUCACGCGCGUCAGGCGCUUCCAGCAGGACGACGCGCAUAUAUUCUGCACGCCCGCGCAUAUCGAACAGGAGAUGCUAGCGUGCCUGGACUUCCUGAACUGCGUGUACUCGACAUUCGGGUUCACGUUCCAGCUGAAACUGUCCACCAGGCCGGAGAAGUAUCUCGGAGACCUCGCCACUUGGGACCAAGCUGAAAAGGCAUUGGCAGAGUCCCUGAACAAGUUUGGUCGUCCGUGGCAGCUGAACCCGGGCGACGGCGCGUUCUACGGGCCCAAGAUAGACAUCACCAUACAGGACGCGCUGCGUCGCUCGCACCAGUGCGCCACCAUACAACUCGACUUCCAACUGCCUGAGAGAUUCAACCUUACUUAUGUUAGUGAGAGUGGUGAGAAGAAACGUCCAGUGAUCAUCCACCGAGCUAUCCUGGGGUCCGUGGAGCGAAUGAUCGCGAUCCUCAGCGAGUCCUACGCCGGCAAGUGGCCCUUCUGGCUCAGUCCGCGACAAGUCUGCGUUGUACCCGUCGGGCCCAACUUCGAUGACUACGCUGUGCAGGUGAACGAGAAGCUGUUCGCGGCUGGUUUCAUGUCAGAGGUGGACACGGAUGCCGGCGACACACUCAACAAGAAAGUCCGUAACGCACAACUAGCGCAGUUCAACUACAUAUUGGUCGUGGGCGAGAGAGAGAAACAGUCAGGCACAGUGAACGUGCGCACGCGGGAUAACAAGGUACAUGGCGAGAUGUCCAUCCAGGGUCUGAUCGACCACCUGAACAAACUCGUCAAGGAGAAGACCCUAGCUGAAGACAGCGAUCUACUUAAAUAGAUGGGUAGCAACGUAGAUAUGUGAUUGUUAACGUUCGUAAUGUCAAAGUUAAUGUUUAUUAGAAGAAUUUGGACCAUCGUUUUUGUGCUGUAGAUGGCGCUCGUGUAGCUUUUGGUCAUGUUCAUCCAAAAUGUCUUACAAAAUUCAUUCAAUGAGGACUUAUUGUUGACAUUAAUAUCACGUAAGGUCAUGUUAUACGCAAAUGUUCUCAUUAUUAAAGAUCAAUAAUAAUUAUUACAUGUUUGCGUGUUUCUAUAAAAAAUUAAUAUGAGCCUUAAAAUAUUUCUACCUCUCUUAAGUUAAACAAAUAUCUAUUUUAAUAGUAAGAGCAUUGGGAUCAGCUUGUCUGUAUAUGUAAAUAAACUUUGACUUACGAACGGAAAUAUGUAAUUACCUAACAGUCCUAUUCAUAAAAGCUUAAUAACAGACAGAGUAAGCUAAAUAAAACAGUUUAAUAAAAUAUAAAUAAGCGAACGAAAACAGAGAACCUAAAUAAGCUUAAUAAUACUAACACAAUAACGUCAAAAAACAAUUUGCUACAUUGCUAAUUUGCUAUAAAUGGUUUAUUAGUCUUUUAUGAAUAGCACUCUUAUUUAAAAAGUUAGUUAAUAAAAAGGUGAAGAGAAUUUUAAGUAUUGUUCCAAUGAGAGUGAGUUACUCUAUGCACCUGCUUACCCCCUCGGGGGACACAAACUUGAUGAUAAUCUGUAGUAACUGAAAGUUUCAAAUUUAUUUAUUUGUUACGUGAAUCUGCGUUGGUCUACAUAGAAUUUAAGUAACUGAUUUGGGUAGUUUUCCUCAUUCAAAAACAUAUUGUUUCGACUAUUAUGUUAUCGGCCUACUCACGUAACACAGUCGAGUUCCUCGUCAAACAUACACGUGGGUUAGCCGAUAACUUAAUAAUUGAUUUAGUAUGUCUCACGAAAGUUAUAAUAAAAAUAUUUCGACGUUUCGGUCCUGUAAAAAAACCAUAAUGAACCAUACUUUUAUCCAUUGAUUCGUGGACUAUUAAACUCAAAUCUCGUACAAAAUGCAUAGAAAACUAUUUUUUUAAUUUUUGUAAUUUUGAAAUAAUUAUUGAAUUUGACUAGUUGGAAAGUACCCUAUUUCAGUUUAACAAUGGCAUUUUACUAUCCCAAUAUUGGGUAAAAUAUUUCUUAGUGCUGCAUUUUUACUUUAAAUAACUGUGAGUUAGACCAGAAUCUAAAUUAUUGUUUGGUAUAAUGAUAUUAAUAAUUUUAAGAGAUUUUUGCCCAAAAUUGGUUUAAAAUAGGCUAAGGAAUGCUUUUUACAAAACCUGGGAUAUUAUUUAUAUGAAUUAUUUCAUGUCGUAGUAAUUUAUUUCUGUAGUGAAAAAAAAAACUUUUAAUAAGUUCUUGCAAGUGCCUGUAAAGUGACCAAUCACUAAUUGGUUUUGCAAGAACCGUACUUAUUUAUGUAUGUAUGCACAGAAAUCGAAUGUAAAGCGUCUCGGGUUCGAUUCCUGAGUCGGGAGAAGUAUUAUUGGGAUUUUUGUUGCGAAAUUCUCGAUAAUAGCACUGAGUUAAAAAUAGGACUUAUAACAACUGGCGAAUAGUAGGUGUUAUGACACCUCUACCUAUUCCUUUGAGAAUAAAAAGGCGUGAAGAUUGUUUGGAGUGGAAUUCUUUAAGUAGGUUUUUAUAAAUGUCAUCCAUGUACCUUAGGAGAAUGGAUGAGAAGACUUAGUGCAGGUACACAGGUUUGAUUUCGAUGUGCUACUUAUGUUAUUUACGUUAUGUGUCUUCGGUUUAAGAAUAAGCAUUGGAUAUGUUUUCAAACUUGCUUGUACAAUAAAUUUAUUAAUUCACGA